GCUAGCUUUCCUCGCGGCUCUAGGUCUUCCUGGUUCCACGGACUGAAGGCGUUUUUUUCUACUUGUUUCUGGAAACAAUAAAGAUUCAAAUUGGACGAGAUUCGUUGAGUUUCCUCCAGAAAUGUGUCAAAAAAGUGAAGUUUCUGCCUGAACUGCUGGAUCCGGAGAGUGUUGGAGACUUGUAGCCGGGACAAGCUGCGACCUUCCUCUUCGCUUCUGUCCGUCCUGCUGUUCCACAUCCGUCAGUCAAACUGUUCAACAUGACACCGCAACUCACCCUUUUCACGGUUUUUAUUGUUUUAACGGAGGCAGCCGUGUCGCCUCCCGCUGACACCGAGUUCGAUUCUCUCAGGUCCAUGCUGGACGACUUCGACGUCCUUCCUUUCUCCAGCCUGCAGACUCAUUCCAUCCGCCGCCGUGAUGUCCAAACUCAGACCCAUGUGGAGAAGCAGCUGAGCUUCAACGCCCUGCACAGGCAGUUCAGACUCUACCUGAGGACCAACGACGAGCUCUUCACUGAUGAUUUUAGUGUCGUAGUUGUGAACGAAGACGGCCGAGAACAAAACUACCCCAUUAACAGACACAACUACUUCACCGGGCACGUCAUUGGAGAAGAAAACUCUCGUGUUCAGGCUCACAUCGACGACCAUGAGUUCUCAGCUCACAUCCUGACUGAUGACACGGAGUACAACAUUGAGCCUUUGUGGAGGUUCACUUCAGCUCCCCCUGAUGGCCGCCUCCUGAUCUACCGCUCAGAGGACAUCAGGAACAUCAGCCGGUUGCAGCAGCCCUCUGUCUGCGGCUACGUGAGCUCUGACCCAAACCACCUUCUUCCCGACAGCGUCCGAGCAGCCAUGUUGGAUGAGCAGGAGGAGGAAGAGUCCACGUUCAGAGGGAAGCGUCAGGUCUACGACCACAAGAGAAACACCUGUCCUUUGCUGCUGGUGGCCGACUAUCGCUUUUUCAAACACAUGGGCCGAGAGGAGGAGAGCACCACCCUCAACUACCUGAUUGAGCUGAUCGAUCGUGUGGACGAUAUCUACAGAAACACGUCGUGGGAUGAAGAGUUCAGUGGUUAUGGUGUUCAGAUCCAGCAGAUUAUCAUAGAGAAAGGACCAACUCCUGUAGACCCUGGAAGAAGUCACUUCAACAUGAGAGGAAGUCCAGUGGAGGGACGAGAUGUCUGGGAUGUCAAGAAGCUUCUGGAGCAGUUCAGCGUGGACAUCGCAGAGAAUGCUUCAAACGUGUGCCUGGCUCACCUCUUCACCUAUCAGGACUUUGAUGAAGGAACUCUGGGUCUAGCCUACGUGGCCCCAUCCAAACCUGACAUACCCGGAGGUCUCUGCUCCAAAGGUUGUCCCUCAACUGCAAAUGACCACGGAAUGAUCUACCUCAACACGGGCCUCACCAGCACCAAGAACUAUGGAAAGACCAUCCUGACCAAGGAAGCCGACCUGGUGACGACUCACGAACUCGGCCAUAACUUCGGAGCAGAGCACGACCCGGACAACGUUCUGUACUGCGCCCCGCGGGAGGACCAGGGGGGUAAAUAUGUCAUGUACCCCAUCGCUGUGAGCGGAGACCACGUCAACAACAAGCUGUUCUCCAACUGCAGUAAACGCUCUAUCGUGAAGCGUCUGCGUUCUCAGGCGGCUUCCUGCUUCAAAGAGAAGAACAUUAACGUGUGCGGGAACUCACGGGUGGAGCUGGGUGAGGAGUGCGACCCGGGUCUGCUGCACAUCAACUCGGACCCCUGCUGCACCCCCGACUGCAGGCUUAAGGAGGGGGCGCAGUGCAGUGACAGGAACAGCGCCUGCUGCAAGAACUGCAGGUUUGAGUCCCGAGGGGAGGUCUGUCAGGAGCCCAUCAAUGCCACCUGUAAGGGCCGCUCCUACUGCACAGGAAACAGCAGCGAGUGUCCUCCUCCAGAGAAUGCUCCAGAUGAAACGGUGUGUUUGGACAACGGAGAGUGUCUGAACGGAGAGUGUAUCCCCUUCUGCCAGGCUGUCUUGAAGCUGCAGCCCUGCGCUUGUAAUGAAACCAACUCGUCAUGUAAAGUCUGCUGUCGGAGUGGUAGCGGCACCUGCACCCCGUACCAGGACGAUGUGGGAAGCUUCCUGUUCCUGCGAAAGGGAAAACCCUGCACUGUGGGAUUCUGCGACGGAGCGGGGAAGUGCAUGAAGCAGGUGCAGGAUGUGGUGGAGCGACUGUGGGACUUCAUAGAUAAACUCGACAUCAACACGUUCGGAAAGUUCCUCGCCGAUAACAUCGUUGGCUCGGUGGUGGCGUUCUCGCUGCUCUUCUGGGUCCCGUUCAGCAUUCUGGUCCACUGUGUGGACAAGAAACUGGACCAACAAUAUGAGCAAACCACCAAGACUCUCUUCUUCCCCAGUAAUGCCGAGCUCCUGAGCAGCCUGGAUUCUGCUUCCGUCCGGAUUUUCAAGCCGCUGAACUUCUCAGCUGCUCCACUGCGGUUCCAGCCGACCAAUAAUCAGCAGCCUGCCGGCCUUCCAGUGUUCAGCGCCAGUACCGAAUCGGGCCCCACCCCCCCACCUCUGGACAGCCCCCGCAUGGCCACCAUCCAAGAAGACCCCAGCUUAGACUCCCACCUAGACGAGGAGGAGCUGGAGGAGGCGUUCGGGCAUCCGGUGAGAUCCGGGUCGACACGGCGUUCCUUUGAGGACCUAACGGAGAAAAAUCCUACAAGUCGCAGCGAGAAGGCAAAGCUCUUCCGUCUGCAUAGACAGCAUCAGAUCAACAGCAAGGAGACGCACUGCUGAGAAACACGUGGGAGGUGCCGUCUUCUGUCCGAACAUGUUUAACUUUGAGCAGCUUUGAAUGUAGUUUCCAUGACAACAGAGCCUUGUGUUUCAGACCUGUCCCUCCUCAGGACCAGGGACCUCACGUUUACGUUACUUACAGCUACAAAUGUAUGAACAUGUGGGUGGAGCCAUGAGGUCUGGAGUAGCCAUGAACACGGGAACCGUUCUGAAAACUGGAUUCUGUAAAUCCAAAAGUACAUCCAUUCAAAGAUUUCCACUCCUGAGACUGUUUUGUUUGAAAAAGUUUGAUCAUUUCUUAGUUUCAUAUCAGAAAUCCAAACCGGAGCUCAUCUUUCAUCAGUUUAAACUUUAUUCAUCCUGACUUCCUGUUCAUCCCAACGUAUCCACAGACAGAGGGGUGAAUUAAAACUUGGUAUUGGUUCUCUUUACAUGAGGGACCUGUAGGUUCUUCCUUAGUUCAGUAAAUCAUAUUCAGAGAGCACUUUGUCCAAACUGGUCCUCGGGAGUUAAAGGUGUGCUGUACUCAUGCCGUUAACUGCUGUGCUCAUCAAACUUAGUAUCUGAGCUUUUAAUUUUACAAACAAGUUUCCAAGCGAGCUGGUAAUGGUGUCCCAUGACACAGAUUCUAGAAUAGUUUUUGCCCUUUGUACAGGAUAAAAACAGGCACGUUGCUGUAGGAAUGUUGGAAUUUUACGGUUGCUCUGUAAAAAAAAAAACAACAUAAUAUUCUUACAGACACCAAGUUGGUGGGGAAAAUGUAGACGCUGGUGGAUUCUGGAACAAACACCUUACUCAUUACCCCUGUGAACUUCCAGGUAUAUGUAUGAGUUUACCUGCUUGAUGUUAUGAACAUGUGUGGCCACGGAGCUCUGAUCUCCAGCUGACCUCCCGCUCUGUGAACUUUCUCUUCCUGUUUACUGCUGAUUAGAUAAUCUGUGACCAGAAAGGUGUUGUAGUUUUGACUGAUGUUGCUGGACGUACUAUGUGACUCCACCCUCUUUCAGUAUGAAAGCUGCAGUCUUUAAUACAUGAAGCUUCUGGAAACUAAUGUGUAGCUCUUAUGUCCCACAGUCUCCAUGGCUCUUGAACACCCCAGACUUUAAACAAAGCUUGUGCUCUGGUCUGUUCUGAGGCUCGCUGUGUGACAGCUCACACCCUCACCAGAAAAGAAAAAAUGGGAGACAAAUGAACAGCGUUACUGUCCCGCCACAGUAUUUACCGUAUUGCAGUCUUUUUUCUUGAGGUUUUGAGCCGAAGCGCCACGUGAUGGUCAAACACUCACCGUUGUGAGCAUGCUCAGAACCUGAAGAAGAAAACCGGUUCAUCACAGAACAUUUUCUAUCCAAAGUUUAGUUUUUACUGUUAAACAGACUUUGUUCCAGCACUUUGCUGCCUGUUUGGUGUUUAAAACAUCUUUUUAAAUCCUCUGUUGACCUUGCAGUGAAUCAGGUAUUAUUUUAGAAAUGUACAGUUUGAUUUGAAAUGUGGGAAUUAUUAUUUUGAUGUUAGAGUGAAUAUUUUUGCUUGGUAUAUUGGGAGAUGUUGUGAACUCUGCGAUGAGUUCUGGUGUUUCAUUCAUAAUGAUUAAAGGCCAUAAGCCUAAUUCACAAACUAAAAUAGCAAAAUUAAUUAAAUUUUUUUAAUUAGAGGUUUGAUUACCAAAAAAAACCAUCAGAACCGGAGACGGACUUUAAAAAAAGGUGAAUGGAUGGAAACAAACAGCUUUAAUAUGUUUUUUUAUGUAAAAAAUUAAAACUUGUAACAAUUUUUCAACGGGUUUAAAUGUCAAGUUAAAUUCGACAUCAAAGAUGCUUCAAACCAAAAUUCAGUCAAAAACUUGUUUUUAAGAAAACAAAACCCAAACCCCCCAGCUUUACUGAACCUGUUUGUGUCAUUUUUUGUUUUAACAGAGGCAGACAGCUGCUUUCUCUUUUUCUGUGGUAUUUGAACACACUUCAGUCAGUAUUUUAUAACAUGCGUUGUGUUUUAUGCGUUUACCUUCAUUGUGAUGUGAAGUCUAACGUUUGGUGUCAUGUCGGAAGCUGCUGCUUUUUAAUGAGAAAUAAAGUUUCUGUUAAACAGU